AUGGCAGGAUUAUUUGAUAAACAAGCUGAUCUUUACCUCGACGCAAGACCUAAUUACCCAGCGGAGUGGUUCUCAAAGCUCGCAAAUCUCACCGAUCACCACGCUUUAGCCUGGGAUGCCGCCACAGGCAACGGCCAAGCAGCUCUCGCCGUUGCAGAUCACUACGAGAGAGUCAUAGCGACGGACUUGAGCGAAUCGCAGCUGAAGCUAGCAACGCCGCAUCCGAAGAUCGAUUAUCGCCAUAUUCCGUCGUCGAUGACCGACGACGAGCUAGUGGAGCUAAUCGGAGGAGAGAACUCGGUGGAUCUCAUCACCGUCGCUCAAGCCGUACACUGGUUCGACCUCCCAAAGUUCUACGCAAUCGCCAAGCGCGUCCUCCGUAAACCCGGCUGA